ACCCAAACUUAAAUUCAGAUCAGAAAUCAGAACCACCAUAGAUAGUCCUCCUCCGUCUCCGUCUGUUUUCUCAGUCGAUCUAAGGUUCAUGGCUUCGCCAGAGGAGAUUGAUGAUGAUACAUCAGAGAUUCCAUCCCCACCAAAGAACGUUUACAAGGAUCCCGACGGUGGAAGACAACGAUUCUUACUGGAACUUGAAUUCAUUCAAUGUCUCGCCAAUCCUACUUACAUCCACUACCUGGCACAGAAUCGGUAUUUUGAAGAUGAAGCAUUUAUUGAAUACUUGAACUAUCUUCAAUAUUGGCAGCGACCAGAGUACAUCAAGUUCAUAAUGUACCCACAUUGCCUAUAUUUCCUCGAACUUCUUCAAAACCCCAACUUCAGGACUGCUAUGGCCCAUCCUGCAAACAAGGAAUUGGCACAUAGGCAACAGUUUUACUAUUGGAAGAACUACAGAAACAACAGGCUGAAGCACAUUCUACCUCGGCCUCUUCCAGAGCCUAUAGCUCCACCACCACCACCUGCACCUUCAACUUCUUUGCCACCUGCACCAUCAGCAACUGCUGCUCUCUCUCCAGCCCUUUCUCCCAUGCAGUACAAUAAUAUGCUUUCUAAGAAUGACACCAGGAAUAUGGGGGCUGCUGGUAUUGAUCGUAGGAAGAGAAAGAAGGGUACAUAAGCAUUUCUUUCCCUGAAGCACACACCAUGGUGCCGGAUAUGCUUUCCUGCGUUUCCUAGGGGGAAGCCUACUUGACUCAGGUUACAAACAUGUUGGAAACUCGGUAUACUCAUUCCGUGUUAUAGGCCGUAGCUGAAAGUUGUCAUACAUGGUGUUCAGUAUUUGUUUAUGAUACACAACCCCCAAUCACUAUCAGUCUUUGUCUUUGUUUCUCUAGGGAUAGAUGGAUGUUAUUGAGCGUGUCGGCUUUUAAGUAAAUGGUAGUUUUGAGAGAUUUUUUUAGUCUGUUACAAUCCAAAUGACUUUCCCGGCGCAUACGCUAGAGCCAAUAGAAAACUUAUUAUUCUCACGGUU